AGGUCUCGUCAGUCGUCACAGUCACAGCUUAGUCACAUUCGUCAAUUGAUAACAUACAAACACCUGAUUAUUUUAUUUUCCUUUCAGUCCAUAGGUUCGUUAUUUCAUAUUAUUGUGAAAACUUGGUUUUUGUGAUAUUUUUUAUGUAGUAUAGUAAUUGCUGUCGAAGUGUUGAAGGAUAAUAUAUUCUGCAUUUGUAUAAAUACCUAUCCUAUUAAUUGGAGGAACAUAUUCUAGAUAUUAUGGAGGAUGACGAUAAACCAUGCACCCUUACCAAGUCCGAAUUGAGAAUAAUAUUUGAAAGACUUAAAGAAUGGGAUCGGAAACAUAAAAAAAAUAUGGAAGAUUGGGAAAAAAGGAUGAAAUCAUUACAAAAAAAAUUGAAUCUACUGAAUGAACUGAAUGUACUGGAUUUUACUUUAAAUAUAUCUGAAGACAAGGACGAGACAGGAAUCGUCGAGGGGCAAAAUUUGUUUGAAAAUUCUCUGGGUAAAAUGGAGGAAGAAAAAGAAGAUUCAAAAAUGAAGAAAUCGGAAGUUGGAUCAACGCAAGCUGAUCUUUCAUCUGUUAUAUAUUGGCCGUCAAUGACAAAGUACGAUCCAGGGGAUUUGCUGGAUUUUCUUUUGAAUAGCCCUGAAGACCAUGGGACAGGAAUCGUCGAGGGACAAAAUUCGCUUGAGCUGAAAGUGAAGAAAAUAGUCGUACCAAAGCAAACUCAUAAUGAAUCAUUGAAAAAAAUGGAAAUAGAACUGAAAGAAUACGAAGCUGAUUUACAAAGAAAACAUGAUCGUAUGAAAAAAGAAAUGGAAGCGGACAUAAUAGAGUUAAAAGAAAAACAACAAAAGCUGGAAGCUGAAAAAAUUCAAUACCAAAAAGAACUCGAGUCGUAAUCGUAACCUUUGACUAUUUUUUAUCUAAAUUAAUAGUCAAAGGUCGUAACAGUUUCGAAAGAGGGUAAGUAUUUGUUUUCCUGAAGUUUGUGUCCUCUUUGAAAAUUUAUUCCAACCAAUUCUUGUAUCAUUUGUUUUGUAUAGAUUAACCAUUAAGGAACCACAAUGAUACAAUAGGUACUUCAUUGUGAUAAAUUUUUUUUAAAGGAAGAAAAAAAUGUCUCAACUUCGUAAAUUAUCAUCGACC